GUCCGUCUGGGUGGGCCGAGACCCCGGGGUUCCGCUGUGGUUUUCGACCGGAGUGAGCGCUCUAAGUUGCAGCGCUCCGCCGAGGGAAAGCCCGUGGGCCGCUCCUCCCCCGCCCUGUGAGCCUCUCUGACCACUCUUGCCCAGAGUCCUGCGACUCUCCCUAGCGCGGACGCCGCCCCCAGCCCACCCCGGAUAAUGGCGACAGCUGACGUACUGAACAUUGGUAAAAAACUCUAUGAGGGUAAAACAAAAGAAGUCUAUGAAUUGUUAGAUAGUCCAGGAAAAGUCCUCCUGCAGUCCAAGGACCAGAUUACAGCAGGAAAUGCAGCCAGAAAGAAUCACCUGGAAGGAAAAGCUGCAAUCUCAAAUAAAAUUACUAGUUGUAUUUUUCAGUUGUUACAGGAAGCAGGUAUCAAAACUGCUUUCACCAGAAAAUGUGGGGAGACUGCUUUCAUUGCACCUAAGUGUGAAAUGAUUCCAAUUGAAUGGGUUUGUAGAAGAAUAGCAACUGGUUCUUUUCUCAAAAGAAAUCCUGGUGUCAAGGAAGGGUACAAGUUUUACCCUCCUAAAGUGGAGAUGUUUUUUAAGGAUGAUGCCAAUAAUGAUCCACAGUGGUCUGAGGAACAGCUCAUUGCUGCAAAAUUUUGCUUCGCUGGACUUGUUAUAGGCAAGACUGAAGUGGAUAUCAUGAAUCAUGCUACACAGGCUAUUUUUGAAAUAUUGGAAAAAUCCUGGUUGCCCCAGGACUGUACACUAGUUGAUAUGAAGAUUGAAUUUGGUGUUGAUGUCACCACCAAAGAAAUUGUUCUUGCUGAUGUUAUUGAUAAUGAUUCCUGGAGACUUUGGCCAUCAGGAGAUCGAAGCCAACAGAAAGACAAACAGUCAUACCGUGACCUCAAGGAAGUAACUCCUGAAGGGCUCCAGAUGGUAAAGAAAAAUUUUGAGUGGGUUGCUGAGAGAGUAGAGUUGCUUCUGAAACCAGAAGGUCAGUGCAGGGUUGUAGUAUUGAUGGGCUCAACUUCUGAUCUCUCUCACUGUGUAAAAAUCAAGGCAGCUUGUGGAAAAUUUGGCAUUCCUUGUGAAUUUCGGCUAACCUCUGCACAUAAAGGACCAGAUGAAACUCUGAAGAUUAAAGCUGAGUAUGAAGGGGACGGCAUUCCUACAGUCUUUGUGGCAGUGGCAGGCAGAAGCAAUGGUUUAGGACCAGUGAUGUCUGGUAACACUGCAUAUCCAGUUAUCAACUGUCCUCCCCUCACUGCUGACUGGGGAGCACAGGAUGUGUGGUCUUCUCUUCGACUGCCCAGUGGUCUUGGCUGUUCAACUAUACUUUCUCCAGAAGGAUCAGCUCAAUUUGCUGCUCAGAUUUUUGGAUUAAACAACCAUUUGGUAUGGGCCAAACUGCGAGCAAGUAUAUUGAAUACAUGGAUUUCCUUGAAGCAGGCUGACAAGAAAAUCCAAGAGGGCAGUUUCUAAGAAAGAAUAUCAUUGCAUUUUUUUAGGAGAAAAACUAAAUUUCUAGUUUAGCUGCAGAAAAAAAAUAUCAGGCAAGAUGAAAAGAUUUUAAAUCAAUCAGAGAAAACAUUAAAUGCCUCUCUAGAUUCAUGGAUUAGUAGAUUAUAUGUACAUAUUUAAGGACAUUUUAAAAUUAACCUCUUACCCACUACUACUUAAAUCUCAGCCCAUAAGUUCUAGAAAGUUAAAUGGUUUUAUCUUAGAAAGGGUGAUAAGCAAUGUAGUUCUCUUUCUCAAUUUGAUCUUUACAAAAUUCUAAAGACGUUUUUAUUUGCAGUCAGUAUCUCAAAAAAUGGUUUGUAUUUCUAGCUAUUGAUAGAGAUGUUUUGUUUUCUUCUUUUUUUAAAAAAAAAAAAUUGAGAUUGGUGGUGGGGGUAGGGAAGACACAAAAUAAGAAGCCAUGGAAAAGGUACUUUUCUGAGAACUUCUAAUGAGUGUCAGGGCAAUUUGCCAUGGAAAAAAAGUAGAGCCACCUUUGCUUUCCAAAUGAAAGAUUUAGUGAAUCUUACUUGGCUAUGGUGGGUGUCUUUUGAUAAUACAUAUUUUAGCCACACUAAUAAUCCCCAGUGUACCAUCAUUUUCAGAAAUUGGAAUCUCCCAGGUGAUGAUUAGCUAGUAUAUUUCUUAUAAUAGUAAAUCUGAGCAGUGUACUCAGCAAGUUAUUACUGAGAGCUAUUAUAGUUCAUCAUUAAUCGAUAAACCGUAUAGAUUGGAAGUCACUGUUACAUUAUGGAGCCCUGAGGAUUUUAUAGAUCACUAAACUUUCAUCCAAGUGUCCAUGAAACCCGUUAAACUUUAUGCAUAUACUCACUUUUACGAAAAGGGACAAUUAGUUUUAUUUUUUUUAAAAAGUUAAGAAUCUCUACUACAGAUGAAAUCUUGGUACUACCCUUACCUACACUGUACACUUUUUCAAACGUUAAAAAGCUGGCAUUUCUUACCACUACUUUCACCUAAUCUCUGGUGGGGUAAGCUUGACCUAACUACUCCUUUCUUGGACUAGACCAAGGUAUUCCAACCUCUCUUGAUCACUUCUCUUAAAUAAUACUCUUUCCCCUUAAAUAUUUGAUGUUUCCUACUAUUGAGUCUUUCCAUUAUUUACAAAUAAUGGUUGGAUCAUCUUAACUCCUUCAGCUAAAACUAUUACUGGCUCCCAACUGUGUCUAUAAACUUGUGUUUUCAACUGUCCACUUCUCUGUCUGAAUGCUCCAAACUUAACUCGCCUUCUACCAAGCCGGUAACUGGCUACACUCACUGUCCCAAAGCAGAAGCUUGUUUUUCUUGACCUUUCACAUAUGACUCAUCACCAAAUAUUGAAUUUACCCUGUUUACCCAUUCCCUGUACAAAACCCUUGAGUACAGGUCAAAUUCUACAUUAUUACAGUGAUCUAGAAGGUCUUCAUCCUUAACCCAACCUUUUGGAAGUUGAUAGUCCAAGGACAUACAAUAUAAUCUCUUGCAACAUUGCCACCUUUGAAAAUGGGAAUGCUCUUUACCUUCUCUAGAAAAUUGCAUGCACAACAGUUACCAACGGAUCCCAUUGGUUCUACUGUUCCCUUGAAAGUCUAGACAUGGUCUGUAGGUUAAAAAGGGAACUUGCUUUCCUUAUAAUUUUUGGACUAUCAUCUUUUUUAUACCUUUAGUCCUAAGAAUGUCCUCAUAUAUAUCAUUAAAAUCUAUUAGUUAGUUACUAGAGCUUCAUUUUCACUGUCUCCACAAAACGUUCCUUUAUGACCUCUCACUGCAAUGGCUAUACAGUUAUUUCUCUGUUGGAUUAUAAGCUUCAAGAGAGGAAAUACAAUUUUAUAUUUUAUUUCCCUCAAACUGCCUAUGAUCUGAUAUACUAUCCUAGCUGAGAUAGGGGAAUUAUGAAAAUUAGGUACUCCUUAUUUUCUAUGUUUGGAAAAACAAUUUAAAAAUUUUGAAUUUAACAUCUUUUAAGCUUUGGAUUUGUGGUCUCUCAAUAGUCAUGGCUGCUAUUCAGCUCUUCUAUCUCUACCUAACAAAAACUGCACCUAUUUAUGUACAGUACAAGAAAAAUUUCAAACAUUUUAGACUGGUGGAUAGGACUGACCAUUAUCAAUUUCUGUUAGUUUCUUAGUAGAGUACACAUACCCUCAGUAAUUCAUCAGGGCUAAAGUAAAUACUUGUUUAAAAGUAUUUUAACUGUUGUAAAAAGUAACUUACCCAAACCCAACUGGUUUGCUAUUUUUGUUUGGCUAUUUAUACUUUCUAUGGGCUUAUAGCUAACCAUGAAAAGAGGAAAAAAUUGUGCCCAAUAAUGCUGUACUUAAACUU